AUGUUCACAUAAUCAGUAUGGAAAAUUUCUAAUGGAAAAUCGAUUCCAUAGAUCAAAUUAGUUAGAACUGUUCCAGAUUUAUCAACUCCUUAAAAUAAAGUUAAGAGUACACCAAAAAUAAGAACGAGUAGAAUACAUUGGAAAGUUGAAUAAAAACUAUAAGAAUUCAUGCCAUCAGAUUCAGAUUAAAGAAUUCACGAUUUAAUAUUAAAUUCUUUACAAUAUAUGCCAAAAGAAAUAAUAAACUCUAUAAAUUUGCAACACUACUAAAAUAGUUAUUAAUUUCAUCAUAGUAUCACCUAAUAGGAAUUAGAAUAUUAAUUAAUUAGUUCACUGGAAUAAAUAAGUUAAGAAAUUAUAGAACCACUAUUUUAAAAGGAUGAUUCAAACAUUUUAGGAGUUGCUGAUGAUCUGAAUCCUUAUAAAAAAUAUAAUAUUACAGCAAUACCUAAAUUGAUAGAAAUUGUAAAUGGAGAUAUUGAAAGCAUAAUUAAAUUUUUAAUCCCAUAGAAUAAGAAAUUAUCUUAAUGUAUAGAAUAUAUAUGGAAAUAUUGUGUUUUUAUGUUGGAUUUGACUAUGCAGUUCAGUUUAGAUAGAAGUAAUAAAUAUAUUAUUGAAUAAGUAACAAAAUUAUAGAAAAAAUUAUCAAAUGCAAAAACUUAGGUACAUAAUUUUGAAAAUAGAGUAGUAAAAAUGACUUAAGAAUUUGAAACAUCAAUAAUGAAAGAAAAGUAAAGGUAUUAUGAAUUGUAAGCAAAAUAUGAAAAAAUAUUGGCUAAAGCAACAGAGUUGGAAAGAUUAAUAAAUGAAGAUAUCAAAACAGAGGGUAGAGAUGAUUCUUACAAAUUGAAAAAAAACGUAAAAGAAUUGGAAGCAAAUUUAAAAAUACUUGAAUCAUAAUUUAGUAAACAUGAAGAAGAAUUUGUUUCAUAAUUAACUAAUGUAGCUUAUGUUGCAAAGAGCAAAAGAGAAACAAGUUAGGCGUAAAUUCGUAAUAGGUUAGCAAUGAAUGUGAUUGCAUAACAGCCAGGAGAUAUGGCAUUUAGUUUGAUGUUUUCAGAUCAUCCAUGGGUACCAAUAUUUUGUGUAAGGUAAUUAAUGUAGUAUUAUGAUGAGCCUCCAUAUAUAGUGGAGGAGGAUAAUAAAUUAGAAUUAUUACAUAAAGUUUUAAUGAUGGAGUAGUCAAAAGUAAGUCCUUGUUAAUAAUUACUGGAUUAUUAUUAAAAAUUUCCAGACCUUUAUAAAAAUAUUAUAACUAUACUGGAACCUUUUGAAGAGGCAACAUAGGCUGCAGUACAAUUAAAUAACUUGUGUUCUAUUUUUUUUAACAUUCAAGGAGUAGAAACGAUAGAGAUAUAUUACAUCAAUCAAAUCAAAAGAGUUUAUCAGGAAUUUUAUGGUCAUAUUUUGAAUGUACAACAACAUUCAAAAAAUCCAGAAUAAAUUAAAUUAUAGAUUGAAAUUGAGGAUGAAAAUUUGAAACAUAAAAUUGUGAAGUUAAAUUUAAAUUAUGGAAAAUCCACUUUAAUGUUUAGUAUCAACAAAUAAUUUUUAGAUACAUAUUUCUCUUAAUUUCCAUUUUAAGCUCAAUUAUAAUAAAUUUUUGACACAAGAAAAGAUAUUACAAUGUUACAUUUUUUAUCAAUCUAUGCAACAGAAUUAUCAAAGUAAUCUAAGACUUUAUUUGAAAAUAAAAUAUUGAAUUUUAAUGUACCUGAUGUAGAUUCAUUAGGCAAAUACAUAGCCUAUGAGAUAUUCCCAGAAUUUAAAUUAGAUCCUAAUCUUGUAUAAUCCUACAUAAUACAUAGAUAUUAUUAUUUAUAAGAAUAGAAUAUAAAAUUUAGCAAAGAGUAUUUGUAUAGAAACUAAUCAUCAACUUAAAACUAAGUAUUAGAUAGAGAAUCUAUCAUAAAUGGAGUCAAAUAGCUUAGAUAAUCACUCUUAUUUAAUCCUUUGCUAUUGAUUUAAUAAAACAUAGUGACACCUUCAUAAUCAACAAAGUAACCUAGAAGAUAGUCUUCUGUUUAAUAAUGA